AUGAAGUUGGCCGGUUAUCCAGAUCGUUUCAAAUCAUUCGGAACAGGACGUGGCAAGUCAGCUAAUAAGUGGCCAUAUACUCGCAAGGACAAAUCAGUCCCCAAACCUGAACAGUUGGCAAAAGCUGGAUUCUACUUUACUCCGUCUGCUGAUGCUCCAGACUCGUGUACAUGUUAUUUGUGUCAAGCGUCAGUAAAUGGGUGGACGGCUCACAAAGACCCUUGGGAAUGCCAUAAUGAUACCUGUGCAUGGAAGCUAUUACAUGUCAAUGCUGACGGGAUUGGUCAGAAUGAUGUUUCGUCAGUGGAACAUGCACCAGAUUCAGAUGUUAUGAAUCAAGCACGAUUAGAUACAUUUGGUAAAGACUGGUGGCCACAUUAUAAAGACAAGAAAUGGAAUCCUAAACCAGAUGCGUUGGCUCGCGCAGGCUGGGUUUAUAAACCGUAUGAAGACGCUGACGAUGCUACUGAAUGUCUUUAUUGCGAGAUAAGUCUCGAUGGCUGGGAAUUGAAUGAUGAUCCAGUACAUGAACAUAAGAAAAGAAGACCAGACUGUAUCAUUUUCAAUCCACCAGAACCAGUAGUAGUGAAGAGACCAUCUAAACCCCAUCCACCGGCCAGAUUAAAAGCAGUUAAGGCUGUCAACGCUGGAGUAGAAGAUGAUUUGGGAGAUGAUGUAAUUCUGGUACACUCCGAGGCCAAAGCCCAGAAAUCUAUCAAUAAUGAAGAACCAACACCAAUAGAGGUGAAGCCCGAGAGUCGAGAAGCAUCACCAGUCUCUGCCGGACCAACAAGGAGACGAGGUCGUCAACCUCCUGCUCCAAAAGACAAGGUUGAUGAAAAGGCAGAGAAGUCUGCUGCCCGUGGUCGUAAACGGAAGGCCAAAGCAGAUACUGUCGUAGAAGAUGAGCUGCCGUCAUCCAAGCGGUCAAGCCCGGUUCGAGAGCAUGAUACUGCAGAACAGAAGGUCGAACGAACUGUAGAGCAGGUUGUAGUGAUUGAGGGCCUAGGAGAAGACGGAGAUCAUGCUGUUGUAGCUGAGAAAGCAGAAUCUAGUCAAAACGAAACGGAACUGGUAGUAUCUCAACAGAUCGAACCUGAACCAAUUCAACAGCAACAAGAACAACAAAAGGCAGCUAGCAGUAGUAGUAAAGCAGAUGUGCCAACAGAUAUGCUGUUGGCUAAUUGGCAAGAAAUCAUGAAGGCUCCAACAAAUAAAAAUAAACACAGAUUGCAACCUAUACUACCACCACAACAGUCUACAUCAUCAAACGUGACGAAUGUCAAACAGCCAACAAAAAAACGAAAACUUGCCACCAAAGAUCGACCAAAGUAUCGUGGUGACAGUGGAGACAGUUCUUCGUCGCAAGUCGCUGUAGAAACAAUAGAAGUCAAAGAGACGAAAAAGCAAGCCGCCAAAGAGCUUGAUCCUGUCAAGGAGGGAUUGUCUCUCAAACACAUACUACCUCGUACAAAGGCCGUAACUAUAAAAGAACCGUCACCAUUACAAAAGGCAAUCUCACCAGAACCUGAUACACAUAUGGAUGUAGACACUGCUAGGGAUGCAUCUCCAGAAGUAGAAGAGGACGAAUCAUUGAAAGCACCUGAACAUACAGGCAAUACUCCGAUACCCAAGAAACGUAAAAAACUAGCUACCAAGGCUCGACCAAAGUAUCAUGGUGAUGGAAGUAAUGCCCCUGCUGCUGUACCUCCCCUUUCAACCCCAAUCGUUGUGGUUAAACAAGGUGGUAAAUCCGUCAUCAAAGUAGUAGCACCUCCCAAACAAAAGACAGAUUCUGAUAAUAGUAGUGCUAGACAACACUUAGAAUUGGGUGGACCGCCAUCACGUGGCAAGCAAUCUCUUUCGUUGGAAGACGAUUUCUUGGACGAGUCUAAUGCUUUGGUUACCGACUCGGCCGAGCCUACUGUAAAGGAUACUACCACAUCAUUAUCAUUGCCGCAAGCGGAUGAUGUUGAAGUGGUUGAAUCUACUGUAAAGGAGCUCGAUGUAACAGAAUCUGUUACAGAAGAAACCCAAUUGAACCAAGAGAUGGCUCUUGAAGAAGACAAAAAUGUAGAACAGGAGACAGAGAUAGAACCCAAAGUAAUAGGAGAUGAUAUUGAGCUGAUAGAUCAGAUGCAUCUGCCGAUACAGUUGGACGAGCCCCAACAAGAGCAACAACAGCAGCCUGAUCUACCAGCCAAUGAUGAAGACGAUGAGAUGCAAGAUCGUAUGCCUGAUAAAGACGUGCUCGAUGAAGAGGAGCCACCGCUACCAGAUAAAGAAGAGCAACGGCGCAAAACUAGUAACAUAAUAGUAGAGCUACAAGUAGAUGAUGGUAAUGGUGGUGGUGGUGGUGGUGGUGAUGAUGAUCAUACCAUGCUAUCAGAAGUAGAUGAUGGUGUUAGUGGUGGUGAUGAUGAUGCCAUACCACCACCAGAAAUAGAUGCUGAUGUUGGCGGUGGUGAUGAUACCUUACCAAUAUUUGAAGAAAAUCCAUCAACUCCUGAUGCCAUGGAAAUUGACAAUCCGCCAGCCCCUAUAAUUGAUGUCAAGCAAAAGAGCAACGAUUGCGAUCGCCGAAAAUCCGUAAUUCCAUUAUCUGAGAGCAGCAGUAGCAACACCACCACCAAUAAAAAGCUCUCCAUGCCUGAUGCCCCAAUAGCACCUACAAAGUCUAAAAGGACUUCUGCCUCAUCAUUAGCAACCGCUUCACGUCGAGUAGGUCUACCACGUCCACCUACAAUGGAAGAGGCCAAUAUGCCCUUGAAGGAUUAUUUGAUGAUGAUGGCUACAGAGCAAGCUGGUAUAUUUGAAGAACGUGCUUUGCAACGUGUAGAAGUGUUGAGGAAGGAGGCUGCGAGGUUGAGGGAGACUUUACAAUCUGGAUAA